GACAACAUUACAACGACUUGCUGCGAAACAUGAUAGAAAAAUAUGAUUCAUUUGAAGAUACGGAUACUAAUCUUAAUGUGCCAAAUAAUGGAAACAUGCUCUCAAUUAUUAUGGAAGAUAUAAUUGACGCCAUUAUAAUUACAGAAAAAGCAUCUAAAGUCCCGACGUUUACGCAUGUGGUCACGGAGUUCGUUCAUUCCUUGUCAUACAUACAAAUAUGGAUCAUGUGGAAGAAAUUAAAUGCAACUGAAAAUACAACAGCAACGAGUCACAUGUUGGGUGUCAUAACUUGGAUUAGCAGGGGACUGAUGUUAGAAAUUAUAUUGUGUGUUUCGUGCAACAGAUUAUACGAGAUAAUAGAAUCUAUAAGACUAUCCGCAUUGUUGCUAUUGCAAAAGAGCUGUUCAAAGGAGGAUCGUCGGUUGUCUUUGAAUAUACUACGCGCACUGAACAUAAGAUACAGAAAAAUCAGCGCUUGUGGUGUUUUUAUUGUGGACGCGACUUUGCCCCUUCGAUUUUCUUUUGUUCUCGUCAACCAUUUGAUAGUCCUUUUGCAAUUUGCUUUCCUUUAA